AUGGCUCGCUCAGCGCCGAAAAGGAAAAAUCCUUCGGAAGAUAUAGUGUCUGAUGACGAAUUUGAUGGUCAUCUUGAGGGCGUCUUGUCGCAGAGCGAAGACGAGGACGAGGACUUCGACGAGUCGGGUGCUGAGCCAGACCUCGACGACGGAUCGAGCGACGAUUUGCCUGAAGAUCCCGACGAGGACGAGGAUGAGGACGUGGCCGACCCUAAGAAAAAUGGCGAGGAUAACAGCGAGCGGCCGUACAAGGUUGUGACGGACGCCAAUGGCGGCGUGCGUUAUGAAUACGAAGAGAUCGACCCUGCUUACGACAGCGAUGACAGCGACGCCCAAGGCCCUGUCAACACAAUUGGCAACAUCCCUUUGUCAUUUUACGACUCAUAUCCUCACAUAGGCUAUGACAUCAACGGCAAGAAAAUUAUGCGCCCAGCGACCGGCGAGGCACUUGAUGCUCUCUUGGACAGCAUCGAGCUGCCCAAGGGCUGGACUGGCCUGACGGACCCGGAGACUGGCAAACCUCUGAACCUGAGCCAAGAAGAGCUUGAACUGCUCCGAAAGCUUCAGAUGAAUGAGGUGCCAGAGGAAGGAUACGACCCCUACCCCGACAUGGUGCCUUACUUUACGAGCAUUGAGGAAAAGAUGCCACUAAGCGCGGCGCCGGAGCCCAAGAGACGGUUCGUUCCUUCAAAGCACGAGGCUAAGCGGGUUGCUCAGCUGGUGCGUGCCAUCAAGGCGGGCAAGAUUCUGCCAUACAAGCCACCCGAGGAAAAGGGCAUCGCGGAAGAGGACCCAGCGGCCUUCUACGAUAUCUGGGCCAACGAAGAGCCGCAGGACCGAGGUGUCAUGCACAUCCCGGCGCCCAAGCUCGCCCCGCCGGGAUACGACCUCAGCUACAAUCCGCCACCUGAGUACUUGCCAACCAGCGAGGAGCGACAGGCCUGGGAGGACCAGGACCCUGAGGAGAGAGAAAAGGAAUACCUCCCUCAAAAAUACGACGCCCUCCGACGGGUGCCUGGAUACGGCGAGUUUGUCAAGGAGCGGUUCGAGCGCUGCCUUGAUCUCUACCUGGCACCCCGCGUCCGCAAGAACAGACUCAACAUCGAUCCCAACUCCCUUCUCCCCAAGCUACCACGGCCCGAGGAACUCAAGCCUUUCCCAUCCCUGUGCCAGACUAUCUUCCGCGGCCACGAUGGCCGCGUGCGGACCGUGGCUUUCAGCCCCGACGGUGAAUGGAUCGCUUCGGGCGGUGAUGACGGUACGGUCCGUGUCUGGGCCCUGAACGGCCACCAGGAGUGGUCCGCCAAGCUGAGCUCCGAGGAACCUGUCCAGGUCGUCCGAUGGCGCCCCGUCAAGGAGACAUUUAUCCUCGCCGUCGCCGCCGGCGAGGAUCUCUUCUUUGCCUGCCCGCCGCUCAUCAGCGACGCUGUCGAAAAGGCCAGCCGAGACGUGUUGGAUGCUGGUUUCGGCUACGCUACUGGCGGUGCACAGCAAAACUCGGCCGCCAGCAAAAAGGAGGGACCAGCCAAGUGGGCACGCCCCGGGUCGAAGCUGGAGAACACCGGUGUGUUGCUCAAGGCCACAGUCCGCUCCGUGAUCAAGACCAUUGACUGGCACCGGCGAGGCGAUUUCCUGUGCACCGUCUCCCCGACCGGCCAACGCAGCUCCGUCGCAAUCCACACCCUCUCGAAGCAUCUCAGUCAGAUUCCAUUCCGUCGCCUGCCUGGCCUCGCACAGACAGCCCAUUUCCACCCUUCACGCCCUCUCUUCUUCGUCGCCACGCAGCGCAUGAUUCGCUGCUACGACUUGCAAAGGCAGGAGCUCGUCAAGGUAGUACAGCCUGGUGCCCGCUGGAUCUCGUCUUUCGACAUUCACCCCGGCGGCGAUAACUUGAUUGUCGGCUCCUACGAUCGCCGUCUGCUGUGGCAUGACCUCGACCUCUCCAGCCGACCGUACAAGACGAUGCGGUUCCACGCCGAGGCCAUUCGCGCUGUCAAGUACCACCGCUCCCUGCCACUCUUUGCCGAUGCCAGCGAUGACGGCUCUCUGCAAAUCUUCCACGGCAAAGUAGUGAGCGACCUGAUGGAAAAUGCCACCAUCGUUCCAGUCAAGAUGCUCAGGGGCCACCGCGUCGUCAGCAAGCUCGGUGUCAUGGACGUUGACUGGCACCCCAAGCACCCCUGGUGCAUAAGCGCCGGCGCGGACGGUACGUGUAGACUAUGGGCGUAA